AUGGUCUCCCCGGCCAUUGCACUGGCUUUUAUUCCCUUCGUGGUCACUCUGCUCAUCCGCUACCGUCACUAUUUCCUGCUCUUUUACCGAGCGGUGCUGGUUCGGCGGCUACAGGACUACUUGACGGGGAUCCCCAGGGAGGAGAGGGCCUUCCAGUAUGUCUUAACCCACGCCAUUCCCGGCGACCCACUGCACAUCUUGGAGACCUUUGACCAGUGGAGCUACCACUGCGAGUACCUCAGCAAUUUGGGACCCCAAAAAGCCAAGAUCCUGGAACGGCUGAUCUACGAGAAGGCCCCCCUCACCAUCUUGGAGCUGGGCACAUACUGUGGUUACAGCACCAUCCUCAUUGCUCAGUCGCUACCACUUGGUGCCCGGCUGUACACUGUGGAGAUGGAUGCACAGAAAGCAUCAUUGGCUGAGAAGGUGAUCCGCCUUGCUGGCUUUGACGAUGACACAGUGGAGCUAAUUGUGGGACCCUCGGAGGAAGUCAUCCCCCAGCUCAAAGAGAAGUAUGGGCUACCCCAAGUGGACUUGGUCUUCAUGGACCACUGGAAGCGCUGCUAUUUGAGGGACCUGCAACUGCUGGAAGCCCACGGCCUUCUACCUGAAGGGGCCACCAUCCUGGCCGACAACGUCAUCUUCCCCGGGGCGCCUCAUUUCCUGCAGUAUGUCAAGGCCUGCAGCAAGUACAAGUGGAGAAUUCACAGGACCAGCCUGCAGUACUUCCGGGCCAUACCUGAUGGCAUGGCCCAGCUCACCUACACGGGUCUGCAAUGAUGAGAGUGGUCACUAAUGGGGGCCUGGACAGCCUCCCUCCUCCAGAGACUGAGAUGCAGCCAUAAAGAGCACAUGUGUAUGUGUGUGUAUGUGAGGGGUCCUUCCUUGUUAGGAGGAGGGAAAAAAAGAUCCUGUCCUGGUUGCACACAGAAGCAAUCAGUCAGGAAAUGGCACAAAUAUAACUGCACAGAGCACAAAACAAGUUGGACACUUUAAUGACUUUGUUCUAGUGCAAAUUUCCCAUUUUUUUUUUGUGAGCCUGCAUGUGUGGUGUAGUAGUUAAGGUGUUGGACAAUGACCUGGGAGACUAGGGUUCAAAUCCCCACACAGCCAUGAAGCUCCCUGGGUGACCUUGGGCCAGUCACUGUCUCUCAGCCUCAGAGGAAGGCAAUGGUAACCCCCCCUGAAUUCCGCUUACCAUGAAAACCCUUUCAUAGGGUCGCCCAUAAGUCGGGAUCGACUUGAAGGCAGCCCAUUUCAUUGUUUUUUUGCAGACCUCAACCAAAAAGAUUAGAAACUCAACAUAAGUAGCCUUUGGAAAACUCAUUUGGGCUAGGUAAUCUCCAUUAAAGCAUCUAAAUAAAUGUAAUUUUAAUAUAUACAUAAUAACUAACAAUCAUAAACAUUGUUCAAAACAAUCAUGUAUGGCAAUAAAAUAUCCUUAAACCAUUCCAUGCAUUCAACUCUUGUACCAGAUAUUUCCCAUAAUCC